AAGAAGCGAUAUAAAUUUGUCCCAAAAAGCCAAGCGAUCCAAACAGAAGCUGAGAACGAUCCCGGAUUUGACUUUGGCAUUCAGAACAUCCAAAGAUGAAUUGUCCGAGGAUACCCUUGAUCUUGCUGCUUUUCUCCAGUGUUCAUGGUUUCCAAUACACCAACCUGGCAAACUAUGUGGACAGCCAUCAAGAAGAGUAUGUCGAGGCUCUACGGGAAUGGGUAGCUGUUGAAAGUGACUCCAGCAACAUCCUCAAGAGAUCAGAGUUACACCGCAUGAUGGAGUUGACGGCAAAGAAGCUCCAGCAAAUGGGAGGAAGUGUCAAUUUAAUCGACAUUGGUAAUCAAGAGUUGCCUGAUGGACAGAUCAUAAUGUUGCCGAAUGUUGUGACUGCUCAGUUUGGAAAUGACUCCGACAAACGCACCGUGUGUAUCUACGGCCAUACAGAUGUCCAACCAGCAAAGCUUGAGGAUGGCUGGGCCACUGAUCCGUUCAACCUAACUGAAAUCAAUGGUAACCUGUAUGGCAGAGGAGCAUCAGACAACAAAGCUCCAGUUUUAGCUUGGAUUCAUGCUGUGGAGGCUUACAAGUCCCUUAAUAUGGAAUUACCAGUAAAUGUGAAAUUCAUCUUUGAGGGCAUGGAGGAAACAGGCUCCAAUGGUCUUGAUGCAAUGAUUCAGUCACACAGAGACACGUUCUUCUCCGAUGUGGAUUACAUCAUCAUUUCUGACUGUGGUUGGCUCAGCAGAAAACCAGCUCUAACCUACGGCACUCGGGGCAACUGCUAUUUCUUUGCCGAGGUUGAAGGCCCUAAGCAGGACUUGCAUUCUGGUGUUUAUGGAGGCACUGUAAUAGAACCAAUGACUGAUAUCAUUGGCCUUCUGGAUACUCUUAUAAGCCCAAGUGGUAAGAUCUUGAUUCCUGGGAUCAGGGAGGCCGUUGCUCCCUUAUCUGAUGAAGAAUGGAAAAUGUACCAAGAUAUCCAGUUUGAUCUUGACAGCUACAUGAGCAAGAUUGGUGUCAGUCAGCUCAUGUACAAUAACAAGGUGGACUUGUUGGCUCAUAGGUGGCGCUAUCCUACUGUCUCCAUUCAUGGCAUUGAGGGAGCAUUCUCCGACCCUGGCACUAAAACCGUCAUUCCUGCAAAGGUUAUUGCAAAAUUCUCCAUUAGACAAGUUCCUAAUAUGGAACCCGUGAUGGUCAAGAAACAGGUCACGGAGUACCUGCAUUCAAUGUUUGCCAAGAGGAGGAGUCCAAACAAACUAAAAGUCACAAUGGUGAUUGGAGCAAAGCCUUGGAUAGCUGAUAUCCGAGACCUUCUCUAUGAAGCCGGCAAAGCAGCUGUCAAGAGAGUUUUCAAUACGGAUCCUGAUUUGAUCCGUGAGGGUGGGACCAUCCCGAUCGCCAAAACCUUUCAAGAUGUGACUGGAAAAAGUAUCAUCAUGUUGCCUAUCGGAGGUUUUGACGAUGGUCUGCACUCGCAGAAUGAGAAAAUAAGCAGGUACAAUUAUAUUGAGGGGACCAAGUUAUUUAUUGCAUACUUGUAUGAAGUGUCCCAGAUUAAGAAGAGCAGCGUGUAAGACAUUUGGCCAGCUUCAGUUUGUCAAUAAAUUGUAUUUGUGUUCAGUCGACAAGGUCUCACGAUCAUUCUAAUGGAUCACAUUUCCAAAAAUGAGACCGUAAUGGAUUUCUGUCUUUUGAGCAUGUUUGAUUUUCUAACUACUUCUAAUUUAGUGAUUAUAACAAAUCAACUUGUUUGCAGGCAUUUAUGAAAAUUCAAGACGAUAAUACUGUCAGGCUACUGUUGGCUAUUAACUCCCACAAAUAUUUUGAAUGUUGCAAUCCAAGUAACUGAAAACAGUUGUGUGUUAUGCUCACAAGUCUCCCGUAACCACACAGCCGCUCUGCUAAUUGGAAAAUCUUGUGUGUGGCACCGUACAAGAUGCCGCACGACAUACGGUUUCUUUUUUUACAUGUAAUAAUUCUGUGUGCAAUACUGUAUAUGGCAGAUUGUGUUGAAUUUGCCACUGAGGAAUGAUAGUAUCAUAAAAUAAAACUACAAAAGAAAU